AUGCGGUGGAUCGUCCGACUCGUUUACUGGUCACUCUUCCUCUGGGCUUUGGCCGAGGAUGCCGCGGAAUUCCCCGAGGAGGAUGGAGUGCUGGUGCUGACCGAGAAAACCUUCGAGGUUGCGAUCAAAAGCCACCCCUACAUUUUGGUGCAGUUCUUUGCCCCAUGGUGUGGGCACUGCAAGCAGUUUGCGCCAGAAUAUGCUGCUGCUGCCAAACAGUUGAAGCAGACAAACCAACCCAUUCGCUUGGCGAAGGUGGAUGCCACUGCUGAACUCAAAUUGGCAGAGGAGUACGGUGUCAGAGGAUAUCCGACCAUCCGGCUUUUCAUCGAUGGACGAGAUCAGGAAUACACUGGUGGCCGCACCGAGCAAAGCAUAGUCACUUGGGUCCUCAAGAAGGCGGGCCCGCCCGCAGUGGAGCUGGAAACCAUUGAGGCUGCAGCAGCCUUUGAGAAGGAAAAUAGGUUGGCAGUGCUUUGCUUUUGCGAUGCACCCGUGCGGAGUGCCUUUGAGCGUGCAGCGCGGCAAGUGGAGGAUGUGAUGUUCGCCUAUAGCACUGUGCCUGAAGUUGCUAGUAAGUACGAGGCCACCGCUCCAUCACUGAAAAUGUUCUUUCCACAUGAUGAGCAAUCUGCCGCCUUCACCGGAGAUUUGAACAAUGCGGAGGAGAUCGAGUCCUUUGUGAAAGCAUAUCGGCACCCCAUGGUAGCAGAUUUCUCUGGGGAAACAGCUGCUGACCUCUUUAGCGACGGUCGUCCAAUCCUAUUUCUCUUCCGAGACAAAGACGGGAAAGGUGAAGCAGCAGAACAAGCCCUGCGUGCUGCGGCCAAACAGAUGUCUCGAAAGGUUUUGGUGGCCUUGGCUGGCUCGAGUGAACCUAUGGACCAGCGGUUGAUGGAUUACGUCAGCGUUGACGUUGAGGAGCUGCCGACUGCCCGCCUGGUGAUAGACCCUCAGGGCGCUAUGGCAAAGUAUCGGCUGGAAGCUGAUGUGACGGAGGCGUCCUUAGUUUCGUUCGUGCAAGACUUUGAAGCUGGACGGCUGAAGAAGUACUUGCAAUCAGAGCCGGUGCCCACAAGCCAGCCAGGCCCAGUACACACCUUGGUCGGAUCAACCUUUGAGGCGAUUGUCAAGGAUCCAGCAAAGGAUGUCCUGGUGGAGUUUUAUGCUCCCUGGUGUGGACAUUGCAAGAAGUUAGAGCCUGUCUAUGCAUCAGUGGCCAAGAGACUAGAAAGUGUGCCAUCUAUUGUGAUUGCAAAGAUUGACGCAACGGCCAAUGACGUCGACGGCGUCGACAUUGAAGGCUUUCCGACGAUCAAGUUCUGGCGAGCAGAUAACAAGGAGGAACCACUUGACUACGAUGGGGAUCGGGAUGUGGACUCCUUCUUGGCUUGGCUAGAUGACAAAGCCGCGCGGCCCUUUGGGCACAGUGAACUCUGA